AUGCAUUCAUCUCAUCCUUUUCUCAUCUGGGUCCUUUUCGUUCUCUUCGUUAACCACAUAUGCCCUUCAAUUUCUGUCCCAUUCUCGCCUGCAACAAACAAUGUCACGCUCUCAGGUGACGCUUACAUCAACAACAAUGCCAUUAGCCUCACUCACUCACUCACCACCUGCCCCUCUUCUUCUUCUUCUUCUUCUACUACUUCUGGGAUUGGAAGAGCCUUUUAUGCCUACCCAAUUCGGUUUCUUGAUUCUAAAACCAAUGCCACUGCUUCUUUCUUGUGCCGCUUCUCUUUCUCAAUCACACAAAGUUCCCAAUUGUGUUCUUGUGGAGAUGGCAUUGCCUUUGUUAUCACCCCUGAUGUGGAUUCUCUCAGUUCCUCUAGAGGGUACAUGGGCCUUCCAGAGCCAACGUCAGCUUCAAAAGAAUCAUUCUUUGCUGUGGAAUUUGAUACCAGAUUUGACCCUAUGGUUGGUGACAUCAAUGGGAACCAUAUUGGCAUUGAUGUAAACACAGUUGUUUCUGUAGCUUCUGUUGACGUUGUUUCAAAAGGAAUUGAUUUGAUAAGUGGGAGAGAGAUUACUGCUUGGAUUGAGUACAGAGAUGCAAUCAAGAUGAUCCGGGUUUGGGUCGGGUAUUCGUCAACGAGGCCUCCAACUCCUCUCCUUGUUGCUCAGAUUGAUCUCUCCAAGCAAUUCAAGGAGUUCAUGCGUGUUGGGUUUUCUGCUUCUAAUGGGCAGGGCUCUUCAAUUCACGUUGUUGACAGGUGGAAAUUCAAGACUUUUGGGUCUCUUCCACCUGGGAUUCCUAUGAAUGCUGUUGAAGAAGGGGACUGUUUCAUGUGCUCUUCACCAGAAGAUUCAAGUAUCAACAGCGGCCUUGUUGAUCUUUCUCAUGAAAGAAAAACAAAGAUGGUGGAGAUGGCUCUUGGGUUGGGAGGUUUAGCUGCAUUUCUCUUCUCUAUAUUUGCAUUUCUUUUUGUUAUUUGUUUUAUGUGUGUGAAGAGGAGAAAGGUCAUUGCCAGAAGGAGCAGAGAAGGCCAAACUUGUAGAGUUGAGGCAAAAAGAGUUCCAACAAGUUUGUCACUUGCAGAGAUAAGAUCAGCUACAAGGGGAUUUAACCGAAACAGAGUUGUUGGGGAAGGGGCAUCAGCUAAGGUUUAUAAAGGGUCUCUGCCAUCUGGUGGAGAAGUGGCAGUCAAGAGGUUUGAGAGGGCUGAUAAGAUUGGUUAUCUGCGGAGUCCUUUUACUACUGAGUUUGCAACUAUGGUGGGUUGUUUGCGACACAAGAAUCUGGUUCAGCUUCAUGGAUGGUGCUGUGAGGGUAAUGAGUUAGUCCUGGUAUAUGAGCUCAUGCCAAAUGGAAGCCUUAACAAAAUUCUCCACAAAAGCUUCAAUUCCUCUGUUGUUCUAUCCUGGAAGCAAAGACUUAAUAUAGUUCUUGGAGUUGCUUCUGCUCUUGCAUACCUUCACGAGGAGUGUGAGAGGCAAAUAAUACAUAGAGAUGUUAAGACUUGCAACAUAAUGCUUGAUGCAGAUUUUAAUGCUAAACUUGGGGAUUUUGGUCUAGCAGAAGUGUACGAACAUAGUUCCAUUGCAAGAGACGCAACUAUACCAGCUGGGACAAUGGGAUAUCUUGCUCCUGAAUAUGUUUAUUCAGGUGUUCCAACUGUUAAAACUGAUGUUUAUAGCUUUGGUGUGGUGGUGUUAGAGGUGGCAACAGGGAGAAAGCCGGUGGAGGAUGAUGGAACAGUGGUUGUUGAUUGGGUUUGGGGCAUGUGGGAAAAUGGGAAACUGAUUGAAGCUGCUGAUCGGAGAUUGAUGGGGAAGUUCAAUAUGGUAGAGAUGGAAAGAACGCUGAUGACUGGACUUGCUUGUGUGCACCCAAACCAUGUGAGGAGGCCAACAAUGAAGGAAGCAGCGAGGAUUCUUAAAGGUGAAGCGCCACUUCCUGUGUUGCCAGCAAGCAAACCAAGAGUGAACCUUUUGCCUGUUUUUCCUGAUGAUUCUGAAGAAAUCCCAAAUUUUUGUGGUCUUCGGCCCAGUCUUGAACUCGAGGAUGUACAAUAUUUGACCCCCAAGAGCCACUUUGGCAAGGAUUAGUAGCUCAUAAUAGAUUGAGUAACCUCAGAUUUGAGAGAGAAUUUCAGUGCAGUUUGUAACAGACUAGCUAGGACCGUCUUGUUGAUUGGGGGCCUGAAAAUCCUUUAGUUGCAGUAGUUUGUAGAUUUUGUAGUCAUAAUUUGUCCUAACAUAGUUCUUAGG